AUGAACCGGCAACUCUUUCGUUCAUGGAGAAAAGAUGAUCACCAUCCAUUCAUUAAUCCACUGCAAUCUGAUCAUCGAGAAGAAGAAGAACAAAAAUGGCAGGAAACUAUCGAUCCUUCGAUGCUUGUUCUUGGCAAAAUCAUUGGUCGUGGUUCUUUUGGCGUCGUUCAUAAGGGAUCGUAUCAAGGCCAAACUGUAGCAGUGAAAGUUCUUGAUUUUGGUGAUGCGAGGAUUACGGAAGCUAAAAUGGAAUUCGUUAAAAUGGAUUUUAUAAAAGAAGUUAAUUUAUGGAAAAAUCUUCAUCAUCCGAAUAUAACGAAGAUGAUAGGAGCAACCAUGUCCAUGACGAUCAAGAAACCGAAACUGAAAACAGAAAGCAACUUUUGUAUCGUAUCUGAAUACGUAAAAGGGGGAUCGCUUCGAUCUUACCUAUCGAAGAACCGUAACAAGAAGCUGCCCUUAAAGACUGUUGUUCGAUUUGCGCUCGAUAUUGCUAAAGGGUUGUGUUACCUCCAUUCCAAAAAAAUUAUUCAUUGUGAUGUGAAGCCAGAAAACAUGCUUAUCGACGAGCAACAUACCAUCAAACUUGCUGAUUUUGGAGAAUCACGUUUCGAAUCACUCGAACAUUUCUUGAUCCAGAGUGGUGAGAUUGGGACUCGCAGUUAUAUGGCUCCAGAGGUGGUAAGCAGGAAACCGUAUGGGUGUAAAUGCGACGUGUUUAGCUUCGGGAUAUGUUUAUGGGAGAUAUAUUGUUGCGAAUUCGCAUAUACGUUCGAUUUAGACAAUAUCCCAGCAGAUAUAUACAAGUAUUUGAGACCGAGCAUACCCGUGACUUGCCCAAGAUCAUUGGCUCAAUUGAUGGAGCGAUGCUGGGACACAGACCCACGAAAGAGGCCCGCGAUGAAAGACGUGGUGGUCGAGUUAGAAGAAAUUGGGAAAUCCGAAACGAUGUCGGAAGAUCACGAGGCUCGUUGCAGGUUCUUCGGGUUUUUCGAGCUUGGAAGAUAG